UGGUAAGUUACGGCGGCUGAGAAACCUCCAACUGUCUGGUUCAUCGGGGCAUCCAGUUGAUCCGGAAGUCGACCUAUAUAAUUAACAGCUCCCAUUGAAGAACCUCAUCAUUUGUACACGAUCGCAGUACUAUAUCAAUAUAUACCCCUGGUUCGUUCACACCUAAGCUCCAUUCUAGACAAUGAUAUCCUUCCCUUCCAACUCAUGGCAAUCCUCGUUCAUCCAAAAGAAAACUUCCCGACGUCCAAGAAAUGAUGACGACCCUUCUCACGGACGCGCAGCAACAGCCAUAACACCCCGCCUCUAUCUCACCGACUUAUACACUGCCCGCUUACCAGGCAACCUCACACGCCUUGGUAUCACGCACAUCGUGUCUGCUAUCGAUUUUGAUAUCACGGACGUGUUUCCCCAGCAUGUCCAGGUCCUGCACGUUCCUGUGCGCGACUCAGCCGAUGUGCAGAUUUGCGAAUGGUUCGAUCCUGUCGUGAAGUUUAUCAAGGAGGCGUUGGAUAAGGAAGACACGAAGGUUCUGGUCCACUGUUUCCAGGGGAUCUCGAGGUCACCUAUCUUAAUUUGCGCUUAUCUCGUCGCAACGACACCGAUGCGUGCUUUAGAUUCCAUUGAGCAUGUCCAAGCGAAGCGUGGAAUAGUUUGCCCCAAUAUUGGCUUUCGCCGCCAGCUCAUCAUUUGGGGUCGUCAGUUUGAAGAGGUUAAGAUCCGGGCCGAGGAGGAGCGCCGCCGAAAGAGGCGAAGUAUCAGUGGUGUAACGGAGGUGCUAGCCAAAAUGGUCAGACGGUCCAAGUCUGCACCUGUGCCUGCCCCAGCACCGCUAGAAGACUUAGAGGAAAUGUCUAUCGAAGGUGCAAAGGUAGCUUCCCUGAUGGAGGCGAAGACGGUAGCACUAGGAACCUUUCGCAAGACAAAAAAGACAGAAGAAUAAUGUUCAUUCGCGUAUAGCAUGUCUUACUAUGCCAUACCCUGCGGUAUGCCACGCUAUUCGUCCUGGUACUGCACCUGCAUGUAGCCACCUUCGGAAAUUGUUCAUGCAUUUGCAGGACUGAGGGAUUCACAAACGCU